CCCCCACCCCACACCUGCUCCUGAGCCCAGACUCCCUGGAGCCAUUGCAGAGUGUAGGCACUUCCCCAAGUGACAGUCUUUGUCUGGGACCAGAAAGGAGAGGGACAGGGUUGUUAAUCCAGCCCCUUCCCAGAAUUUGAGAUUGUUCCAGAUAUGACAGAGUAGGUAUCAAGGUGUGAUAUGCCCUCUUUCCUGGAGGCUACAGGCAGCGAGCUCCAGACCCCUGGUGUGGGGUCUUGGAGGGUUCAGAAAGUCCUCAUGAAGCCAGGUGCUGGUGACGCACACCUGUAAUCCUAGCUACUCAGGAGGCAGAAGUCAGGAGAAUCUCAGUUCGAAGCCAGCCCAGGCAGAAUAGUUCGAAAGACUCUUAACCUUGGGAAAAAAAAAGAAAAAAAACCACAAAAAAGGACUAGUGGAGUGACUCAAGGUGUAGGCCCUGAGUUCAAACCCCAGUACCGCAAUAUAAAUAAAUAAAUAAAAUAAAAAUAAAAACCUCCUCAAGAAUAAAGGCCCAGUGGGCGUGACCUCGCCUCGUGUGCAUGUGGCGCAGCGCCAGCCUGGGCCAGGAGGGGGAGCCACGGGGCAGGCAGCCCACCUGACUGAGGCCGCAGCCUGCUCAGGAGUUGUGGUGAAUUCUGGGCUGGGAGCCUGAGGGGAGGACGCUGGGGACCUCGUGAGAGUGCUGGGGGCGGCUUAGAACCCAAAAGGACCACCGUUGCUGAAGUUUUGCCUUCAGAGGAGGCGUAGCAUCGUCAAACAGGCCAAGGCCUGACCCUGUGGCCUAGGGCAAGAGUGUGGCAUCUGAAGCCCCUCCCUACCCCUGACCUCUGCCUUGGCUGUCACCCACCCCUGUGAGCCCCUCUGGGCAGUCGUACACCCUCAGAGCCUGGCCUUGCCCGGCCGAGGCGGGAGCUUGGGCAGAAGUUUGGGCCCUCCGGCAUUCCGUAGCUGACCCGUGGCCACCAGGCCUGGGGCAGGGCCGGGGGCUGGGCAGGGGACAGCUGGGGUCCAGAGCCAGCUUCCCAAGCAGGAUGGGCUGUGGGCAGGGGGGGCAGAGAGCUGGGCAGCCUGGCCGGGGGCUGGGCAGGGUGUUACACAGAGACUGGAGCAGGGCAGCAGGGGUGCUGCGUGUGGGACACGAAUGCCCCGGCACCAUCUGUUUCCCCGGCAGCUCUGCGGACAUGGAUUUGUUCCAGAAGGUAGAGAAGAUUGGAGAGGGCACCUAUGGGGUAGUGUAUAAGGCCAAGAACAAGGAGACCGGGCAGCUCGUGGCUCUCAAGAAGAUCAGGCUGGAUUUGGAGACCGAGGGGGUCCCCAGCACUGCCAUCAGAGAGAUCUCCUUGCUCAAAGAACUGAAGCACCCCAAUAUCGUCAAGCUCUUGGACGUGGUACACAGAGAGAAGAAGCUGUACUUGGUGUUCGAGUUCCUCAGUCAAGACCUGAAGAAGUACAUUGACUCCACCCCGGCCUCAGAGCUCCCCCUGCAUUUAGUCAAGAGCUACCUCUUCCAACUGCUGCAGGGGGUGAAUUUCUGCCACUCUCAUCGGGUCAUCCAUCGUGACCUGAAGCCCCAGAAUCUGCUUAUUAAUGAGUUUGGAACCAUCAAGCUGGCUGACUUUGGACUGGCUCGAGCCUUCGGGGUGCCCCUACGAACCUAUACCCAUGAGGUGGUGACACUGUGGUAUCGCGCCCCUGAGAUCCUCUUGGGCUGCAAGUUUUAUUCGACGGCUGUGGACAUCUGGAGCAUUGGUUGCAUCUUUGCAGAGAUGGUGACUCGCAAAGUCCUGUUUCCUGGUGACUCUGAGAUUGACCAGCUCUUUCGUAUCUUUCGGACCCUGGGGACACCCAGUGAAGCCACAUGGCCAGGAGUCACCCAGCUGCCUGACUAUAAGGGCAGCUUCCCCAAGUGGACCAGCCAGGGGCUGGAGGAGACUGUGCCCAGCCUGGAGCCACAGGGAAAGGAGCUGCUCAUGCAACUCCUGCAGUACGACCCCAGCCAGAGGAUCUCAGCCAAGGCCGCCCUGGCCCAUCCGUACUUCUCAUCUACUGAGCCCUACCCAGCACCCCGCCAUUGUGUGCUGGAGCGUUUUUGCCGCUGAGAACAUGUGAGACCCACCCACCGCUGCUGCCUCCCAACUCCAGCUCUCUCCAGCUGCCUUCCCAACUACUUCCCCAGAGAGGGGAUGUGGGUAGAGAGUAAAUCUCUAAGGAAUUUUGCAUUAGCCGUCAGAGGGCUGAGUUUGGGUUAGUCCUGCCAGAAGGUUAACAAGUUUCUUUGUUGUUUGUUGGGUUUGAGAGUUUCAAAAUAGGGGCGCAUACAGACGCUCCAUACACAAGAAGAUACAUUAGAUUUCCAGUCCCCUGGCACUGGAACUUCAACAGGUGCCAAGUUGAGAGCAGGAAGCCUGCCUGGGCUGCAGGCCACUUCUCCUACUUACCUGCUCCUUUGUCCAUGAGGAAAGGGUGCCCCCUGGUGGUCUUUUUUUUUUAUUUCAAAUUUUUGCAGGAAGAGUUGAGUUCCAGUUCAGAAUCCCAAGUUAAACAGAAGGGGAUGAGGGAGGAGAAGGACCAGUUUCCUGAUGCCAGGGAAGCUCAGGAUACCUGUGGCUAUUCUAUAUAGUUGUCACUUCAUCAAAGAUGUGCUAAGGUUUGCUUCCUCUUGACAAAUGGAAAAUAAAUGUGACUUACU